ACCCUGUUUUAACAUCAGUAAAACAAUUUUUUUUUUAAAAAGUCCCCUAGAAAUGGUCAUCAGCGGCGAUGUAAACGGCUGCGUCGGAGACACGUGGCCGGAGAACCACCAGCUGGCGGCGGAGGUGCCGAAGAAGCGGACCGGAAGAAAGGUGUUCAGGGAGACGCGCCACCCGGUGUACAGGGGCGUCCGGAGCCGGAAAGGCGACAAGUGGGUGUGCGAGCUCCGCGAUCCCCACACCGCGACACGUGUCUGGCUCGGCACCCACCCGACCCCUGAAAUGGCGGCCCGAGCACAUGACGUGGCGGCACUGGCCUUCCGCGGGAAAUCCGCUUGUCUGAACUUCGCCGACUCUGCCUGGCGCCUUCCCCGCCCGGCUUCCACCGUGGCCGAGGACGUCAGGAGAUCCGCCGCGGAGGCGGCCGAGAUGUUCCGCCCCUCGGUGGAGGAGGCGGCGAGGUUGCAGUCGGAGGUGGCGGAAGGCCCGUGUCCACCGUCGGCGAGCUAUGGAGUAGUGGCGGAAGGGAGUGACGAGUGGGGUUACCUGGAGAGCUGCGACGUCAUUACUGACCAUGAUUGGUCGUCGUGGAAUUAAUUAUUGGGUCGAUCGAUGUAUCAGUAUGUAUGUAUAGCUAGCGUAGCUGGUUUUGAGAUAUUUGUGGACCCAAGUUGUAAGAAAAUAUUACAGUGGUU